AUGUUGGGCUAUGGUGAAGUCCUGUAUGCAGUGCUAGGUGUUAGAUACGUGGGAUUGCAGAGCUACAAUAACACCUCAAGUUCUGGAGAAUUGGUACCAAUGCACGAGGAAAUUAGUAUGGCAAUAGUUCCAUCUAAACCCACAGGAUAUAUUCUUACGGCAGGUGAAGAUAGAAUGGAAAGUGUUUUACAUAAUCAUUUAGAUGCUGUUACAGCUGCUGCAGUCAUAGACAUCCCCUUCUGGUGUAUUGACAGUGCAGAUGAAAAGAUUACACAAGUCUUGAAAAAGCAUUUUUACGCACAAGCUAAAAUGGACUUAAAUGUGGGUGCAUCUGGUCAAGCAAGGGCAAAACCUGAAAAGAAUGAGUUAACUAGGUAUUUACCGUUUAACCCAUCUAGACUCUUUGAACCAAAUUUCGACCAAAUCACAAUUAGAGUGUGUUGA